AUGGGUGCCGACGAAGGUUGCAAAAGUCUUUAUGUGGGAAACCUUGACCCAAGAGUAACUGAUCAAAUGCUUCUCCAGAUCUUUGCUGUUUCUGGUUCUGUAAACAAUACGAAAAUUAUCCCUGAUAAAAACUAUCAACACGGUGGUUUGAAUUACGGGUUCGUUGAAUUUAAUGAUCAUCGUUCUGCUGAACAAGCUUUACAGACAUUGAAUGGGAGAAGGGUGUAUGACAUGGAAAUCAAAGUUAAUUGGGCUUUCCAAGGACAACAACAACACAAAGAAGACACAUCAAAUCACUAUCACAUUUUUGUUGGUGACUUGAGCCCAGAGGUAAACGAUGAAGUACUAGCAAAGGCAUUUAGCGCUUUCGGGAGCAUGUCGGAUGCACGUGUUAUGUGGGAUGUUAAUUCAGGAAAAUCUCGAGGAUAUGGGUUUGUGGCUUUUCGUGACAAGACUGACGCUGAGCAAGCAAUUGCAACCAUGAACGGCGAAUGGUUAGGUAGUCGUGCAAUUCGGUGCAACUGGGCAAAUCAGAAAGGCCAGCCAGGUCCGGGUAGCAAUACGUCUGAUCGACAAGGAAAUACUCCGCAAGCGCCUCAACUUUCUUACGACAUUGUUGUCGCACAGACACCUCAGUACAAUAGCACCGUAUAUGUAGGGAAUUUGCCGCCAUUUACUACACAGGAACACUUGAUGCCAUACUUUCAACCAUAUGGAUUUAUUAUCGAGAUUCGCAUGCAGGCAGAUCGUGGGUUUGCAUUUGUGAAAUUAGAUACGCAUGAUGCAGCCGCGCGCGCAAUUGUGAAUUUGCAAAAUACUCAAAUUAAUGGUAGAAUCAUCAAGUGUUCUUGGGGUAAAGACAGGGCACCAGAUCAGGGAACCAAUUCGUAUCAUGCUGUCGCCGCGGCUGCAGCAGUUGCCUAUGGUAUCCCGUCAACUUAUAGUUAUAAUACUUAUGGUUACUUCAGUAAUCAUACUGCUCACCACUACCCUACUCCAGGAUCAGAAACUGGAUAUGAUCUUCCGCCGGGCAUGACAGCUCCACCUCAAUCCAUUGCAUCACUCGACGGCAAUGCAGCAGUAGCUGCUCAAACACAACAUGCUAAUGCUGCAUGGGAUACUUAUUAUGGGGGUAAUGCUAAUUAUGAACCAUACUAUUACGGUGGGUACGGAUAUAAUACACAAGCAGGACACGGAUCGGCAGCACCAGGUUUGGGUGCACCUGGACUCGGCGCGCCUGGAAUGGGAGGACCUAAUUCGCCACAUGCUGUUGCUGGUGGACAUCCUCAUAAUCAUUCUGGCGGAAAUGCUUAUUCUGGAUAA